AUGGACUCCUUUGGAAGGCUGGAGUUUUUGCAGGCUUUGGCAGAGGGCUGUGUGCUACCCACUGCCCAGCAGGGUGUUGAACAGGUUUGGCAGCUCCUGCUGGUGUGUCUACUGUGUCGAGUCAUCUGUAGACUAGGUGUGUCAUCUCAUGUGAAGCACGUUAGUUUGCUGGCGGGUGGCCUGUACGUGCUGUAUGUGUUUUUUGAGGUUCACACGAUGUGGGUGAUCAUCCUGAGCCUCCUGUGCUACCUCAUCCUCCUUCUCAGCAUAAACUCCAGCAGCAAAGGCGUCUUCCUCUCCCUCGUCAUUCUCAUCUAUAUGCUGAUGGGCGAGUUGCACAUGAUUGAUGCAGCAACCUGGCAUAAGAUGAGAGGCUCUCAGAUGGUGGUGGCUAUGAAGGCCAUCUCUUUGGCCUUUGACCUCGAUCGAGGUGCUGUGUCUUCAUUUCCCUCACCACUGGAGUUCAUGGGAUAUAUUUUCUUUCCGGGAACCAUCAUCUUUGGUCCAUGGAUCAGUUUUGGCAGUUAUUUAGAUGCAAUUAAUGGUCGCAAAAUGACUGUUGCCUGGUUUGGAAAAAUUGCUUUGAGCUUUCUAAAGAGUCAAAUUUGCUUAGUUAUUUCCAACUGUAUUGCUCCUUAUCUCUUUCCAUACAUAAUUCCUAUCUAUGGUGAUGGACUUCCUCGCAGGUGGCUUCAUGCAUAUGAAAAUGCAGUGUCCUUCCACUUCAGUAAUUAUUUUGUCAGCUAUUUGAGCGAAACGACCACAGUGGUGGCUGGAGCUGGAUUCACUGAGCAGAAAGACAACCUCAAAUGGGAUAUUACAGUAGCUAAGCCUGUGAACGUGGAAUUGCCGAGAUCUAUGGUGGAAGUUGUUACCUCUUGGAAUCUACCGAUGUCUAAAUGGCUAAAUGCAUAUGUCUUUAAAAGUGCACUCAAACUUGGCACCUUUCCUGCCAUCUUGGUGACCUACACAGCCAGUGCAUUGUUACAUGGUCUCAGUUUCCAUCUCGGGGCAGUGCUGUUGUCUUUGGGGUUUAUCACUUAUGUUGAACAUGUUCUGAGGAAGCGGUUGGCAGUGAUUUUCAAUGCCUGUAUACUGUCAAAGCGCUGUCCAAGUGACUGCCAUCACCAAAAUAAAAAGACUGUGUGGGUGUACGGUGUUAACCUGCUUUUCAGUGCUCUAUCCAUAUUUCAUCUUACAUACCUGGGCUCAUUGUUUGACUCGGAAAUGGACAACAUGAAUGCUGAGGAGGGUUAUAUGGCCAGUCACACCAUUCAGAAAUGGUCGGAGCUAAACUGGGCCAGCCACUUUGUGAUGUUUGGCUGUUUUGUUUUUUACUGGCUCAUUUAAACUAUACUGUAGUAUUCACCUGUUGGAGAACCACUGACAUGGAACUUGGAAGAUGUGGGAGUUUUUAGCUGCUACGGGACCAUGGACUGCAGUUUUAAGUGCAGCAACCAGAGUUACUACAUUCACCCUUUACAUGGAGAACAGAAAGUGCCUUGUUAUAAAUCAUAUUGUUACAGGACUCAUGUAUAAUGUAAGAACACUUGUUCUUUUUUAUUUUGAUGUAUAGUAGGAACAGUUCUGGAAUAAGCAAAAGCUAAAGAAACUGUAUUACUGUGCAAACUACACAUGAAAGUGUCAUUUGUAUCGUUUUUUUCUUUGUUGUCAUUAUUGUCUGGCUUUAGAUUUAGUAGACUGAUUUAGUGUGACAUUAUAGCACAUGUCUUCGGCCUGUUAACACACACAAUUUUGCAAAAAUGUAUAGACAAUGUCUGAUGGUACUAUUUAUUUAAUUUUUUUCCAAAUAAAAUUUUCCACAUGCCUA